AUGCCUGUGGAGGUAUGUGGCCGUCGCUAUCACCGCCAGGGCGCGAUGGACGGUGCGAAGAUCAUGCUGGUUCGCCGACACUCGGGAAACCCGUGGGUGGUGCUGGUGCCACAUCUCAGCAUGGGGACGGUGACCAUCACAGCAAAGACCGCUGUAUUUGUGGAUGUUGUGCCGUGGAUUCGCUGGUUGCCGAUGCCAGCGCUAACGCCUGCCUGGCGCGAGAGCUUCAUGACACAGGCCACGGACGGGAUCCGCGCGGGCACGAUCGGCACGCUGGGGUUCCUACUACAGGCCGGCUUUCAGGCUGAGCAGGUUGCGGUGUUCAUAAUAUUGUGCAUGCUGUGGGGUCGGGCCAAAGUUUCCCUUUGUGCCGCUUGCUGGGUUUGA